AUGCAUUUGCAUUUUGAGAAAAACUCCAACACAAGAUGCGACUGCCCGAUACUGUCGUUGUCCUGGAUGGGCAAGGUGCCGGAUGACAUACCGGAGGAAGAAGGAUGGAAGCUAAACCGUACCAACUACUAUCAGGAAGGAUGGCUUGCGACGGGGAACGUGCGUGGAAUCGUCGGUGUCACGUUCACGACCUCACACUGCAAGAAAAACGUCGACUACCCGCUGCGAACAAACUACAACCUACGCGGGCAUCGAUCCGACGUCAUCCUGGUGAAGUGGAACGAACCCUACCAGAAGCUGGCGAGCUGUGAUAGUUCCGGUAUCAUCUUCGUGUGGAUCAAGUACGAAGGCCGGUGGAGCGUGGAGCUGAUCAACGAUCGUAACACGCCGGUGACGCACUUCUCCUGGUCGCAUGAUGGCCGCAUGGCGCUGAUCUGCUACCAGGAUGGAUUCGUACUAGUUGGUUCCGUCGCCGGUCAACGGUACUGGUCGUCGAUGCUGAACCUAGACGCCACCAUCACGUGCGGCAUCUGGACGCCUGACGAUCAGCAGGUGUACUUCGGUACCACCCAGGGUCAGAUCAUCGUAAUGGACGUCCACGGAGCGAUGGUGUCGCAGGUCCCACUCGGUUCGGACGUCGGAAUUACCGCGAUGGCGUGGUCCUGCGAGAAGUUCAAGAUGGAGGAAGGCGAAGACACGGAACCGGGCGUGACGAAUGCAUCGAAGCGUACCUUCGUGUUGGCGGUUAGCUUCCAGAACGGGUACAUCUACCUGCUGAAGUCGUACGACGACAUCACGCCCAGCCAGAUCCACACGGGCAUGAACGGCGAACUGGGCAUCGUGAUGGAGUGGAGCAACUCGCGGGAACUGCUGGCCGUCGCUGGUACCGAACAGGGCAACCCACACGUGACUGAUAUCCAUGGUGCUACGGUGUAUAACAAUCUACUCAAGUUCUACACCGAAUCUGGCAAUCUUCUCUACACCGCCAAAAUUCCAAAUAGUACGUAUCCGGUGUCGGCGCUCACCUGGGGACACAACGAUAAGCGGAUCUUCAUUGCGACGGGGACGCAAGUGCACAUUGCGUGGGUUUCGCGGCGUGUUGCGUCCCUGCAGUUGUUCUGUCGUCUUAAGGUGCAAACCUCGCUGGCUUCGGAAGCGUUACUGCCAAGACUGCCUCUACCGGGUCGCAUAAAGGCGCUGAUCGGUAAUCUGUUUGCUCAAACCAUACGGGUAAGUGAUGUCCGGUUAGCCUGCUGUGUUCCGGACUUAAAGUCACUACGAGAGUUUGUAUCCCGACCGCCGGCCUGUUCCACGCGGUUGCACUGUACGAUGAUACGGCACGAUGAUGAUUCCAACCAAAGCUCAGGGACAUGCUAUACGCUCUAUCUCGAGUUUCUUGGCGGCCUGGUACCGCUGUUGAAGGGCAAACGGACCUCCAAAAUACGGCCAGAAUUUGUGAUAUUCGAUCCUCAGGUUGAUGAAGUUUCCACAUACUGUACAUAUUCAUCCGAUUCAACUACAACCACGACUACGACGAAAAGUUCUUCGACAUCGAGUCACUCGACAACCGGCACAAACGGUCGAUCGGAUAGCUCCGAGAGUGACAUCGACGACGAUUGCCGAUCCCCUCGGUUAGAUCGGAAACGAAAAACUGGUGUGAAAAAGCGCAACCCAAGUAGUAAUGAUCGUUCCCCAAACCAAAACUCCGACAACGCGGAAACCAAUGAAGAUUUAGCUUAUCUUGACACGCUUCCAGAGCACGUGAAACUUGUCGAAGUGACGUCCAACAUCUGGGGCACAAAGUUCAAGAUCCACGGUCUGGCAAAGACCCUACCUGCCAACCUAGGCCAGGUGACGUACAAAACCUCGCUACUGCAUCUGCAGCCCCGCCAGAUGAAGCUAGUUAUCACUGAGCUGCGGGAUGACUUCCCCACCGGUCCGGAUCCAAACUUUAAUCCGAACAUUUUCUCCGAAGACGAGGAGGAUCAACAGCACCAGCAACAAAUGCAACAGCAGCAGCAACAUAUGCACCAUCAACAACACAUGCAUCAGGCGCAGCAUCACUCGCAACACCACGCUUCCGGCACACACGGACCAUCGUUGCUUGCGUCCGCACGUGACACCAGUGGGACAGGUGCAAUCAGUCGAAAGAUGCUGAAUGAAAGUGCUCCUCCAAUCGCACCGAUGUCUCCUCGACCUAACCGCUUUCCAUCCCGACCUCGGCGACAACAACAUCAACCAUCGGCAUUAGCCGGGUGUUCCUCGGGCGCUGGUGGUCUUGCACGUGGUUCUGUCCCCGGAUUGGGACCAUUAGCACGGGCUGAAUCCUACGAAGACGACACCGAUGGAGCGGAAUCAUCUGUAGUGAUCGUGAGUGAUCUACACUCGGCAACUCCAGCCGCAAGGACGCCACCCCGUCAGAGCAUAGGAUACAGCCUCGUUAGCCGGCCAUCAUCUGCCUCUAGCAAUCAGUCACGUGUUGCCAUCAGUCCACUGUAUUGUGAAGGAUCCGUGCCGACACUUCAAUCACCGAAAAAUGCCGUAGCACCAAGCGAUAUCAUAUUCGACCGUCCACCAGCGGGCCAGACGACGCUGAUGAGCUAUUCCAGCAACACCGACUACAUCGGCUGUAUGGUUCAGGUGAAGAACGCGCUCGUAUCGUCCGAUCACCAUCACGGUCGCAGCUCGUUGAACACCACGAUGCCGCUGAAUUUGAACCUCAACCUUGACCGAUCUGUGAACGGCAUCGGUGGGAAGGACUCGCAGGCCGGCAACCCUAAAAACACACCCAAAAAACAGAACCUCAAGUACAUCGACGAGGAAUCGACGCCUAGUACAUCGAGUACCACCGCCAUUCCAGCAUUGGCACAGGUUCCACCUUCCAGCUGUUCCACAACCGUACCAGUGAGUGCCACCGAGUGUAACGGACUUGAAACUCCUGUAGCGGAAACGACUACUGGUAUGCACCGUACUCCGACAGUCGCCUCAAUGAUGCCCUUUAUUUCGACGACAACAUCCGGCGGAACGGUCACUCGCAUACCGGACUCGAUCACGCGCAGCUGCAGCGUGGGUUACCUCGACAACAUGGCGAUCGUACCGGGCGAGGAGGCCCUCUCGAUGAUGCGCCGCGAUGCACCGUACAAACGGCUCGUGCUGGUGGACAAAAAGCGACAGAAAAAGUACAAACGCAACCUGGACGAGCUGCGGCAGGCGACGAAGCUGCGCGUGGAUGCGAAAUCGAAAAGCCUCGACUCCUGCUCGGACAUCCUGCAGGACGUGCCGAACUUGAACCGGGAUUUAAUCAACCUGUUCCGCCAAAUGCCCAAGGUGCACGAGCUGUCCGAAAACGAGACGGAGUACUCUUCGUCCGAUCAGCUGAUGGCAGGUGGGAAGAAUGCUUCCAAAGGAGCCACCGCUGGCCGGAAAGGCGCCCCCAUCAAGUUUGGUCCGGGUGUGUCUGGGCUGGGUGGAUCGAAAACGCCGAUACUCAAUCGAAAGGAAAAACCAAAAAGCUGCGCCGAGUGUAAGCAGAUCUCUCCGACGGUGAGUUCUUCCGAACCGGUUUGUGUGAAAUGCCGUAAAACCACCGGUCAGUCGGGUGAAACAACAGAUGCGACACUAAAAAAGGAACCCACGAUCGGUGUGGGUGCGUCAUGCACAUUGAGUGACUCACAGGUCCCGAACGUGAAUGGGCACGAUACGGUGAGUGCUGCAAAACCACCGCAGGUUCCUCCUAAAUCGAAACGAGCCACUCUAGGACAGUACAUUCGCUCAGCCUGCGGAAACCACCAUGGUGAACAUUCGAACGGCAAGGAUUCCAAUGGUGCGGCUGUGUCCUCUGGCAGGAGUGGUGGGUUUUUCGAUCGAAAAUCAUCAUCCAAUCAUCACCAGCAAGCAACUGCAACUGCAAACGCGCACACAAACGGCACCGAAAGUGUGGCCAAUUCCACCGACUCAGCACCAGCUCCAGCUCCAUCCAGUAGUACACCGUCCCGAUCGGUGGCUAGAAUUGUGACGAGCUUCACCGACAGUCCGCUGUUCUCUCGACGCAACCGACAAGCUAAAGCGGACGCUAGUGCGGACUCGAGCAAACCGCAGAGUGAAACGAGCACACCGAUUUUGUUGCGUUGGAAUGCUGCCCGACACAACCGGCAAAGUAAGGCGGACUCCGUGGAUUCUCCCAAGAAACACCGUCGCAAUGGCAGCUGUCCUGGUCCGAGCAAUGAGUCGUCGAUCGAUGGUGGUGAGUCGUCCACGGGAACGGCCUCGACGUCUUCCCAAACGGAAGAUCCUAAACCGGGGGCUUCGGGACAUGUCGGACCGGGUGGGCUGAUUAGUCGGUGGCGUGAUAUGGAAGAUGGCGGUCGUCAGUCCACACCACCGGCUUCACCAGCCCGGCUAGCUCGAAGCUCGCCGGCAUCACCGACACCGAGUAAAAAGAGCAAACGGCACCAGAGCGCUUCGCCCAUCAGGCACAUUCUGAACUCACCGCUACUGAACAGACGCCAGCGUAAAAAGCAGCACGCUGAGAGCUCGGACGAUGAGAACGGAAGCGGAAGUCAUAACCAUAGCAGCCCAAGCAACCACACGGACGACAGCAGUGGCAGCACGAGUGCUAAGCAGUACCGGGACCUCGAGACGUUCCAGAAGGCACAGCUCCGGCAGAAGCUAAAACGUGGCAAGAUCGAACCCAACGGAGUAGCCAGCUUUUCGCAAUCCCCGGCUCCCGUCAGGCGCGAGUUCGUCAUGCACAACAAGGCUCCGAUGUGGAACGAAAACAGCCAGGUGUACCAGCUGGACUUUGGUGGGCGUGUAACGCAAGAAUCCGCGAAAAACUUCCAGAUCGAGUUCCGUGGAAAACAGGUUAUGCAAUUUGGACGCAUCGAUGGUAACGCGUACACGCUCGACUUUCAGUAUCCUUUUUCGGCGCUGCAAGCGUUUGCAGUGGCGCUGGCCAAUGUGACCCAGCGGCUGAAGUAGUGCGCUUCACCGUCAGCCAGCAUUCUCGCCUUAAAGUCAUCCAAAUACGCUGCCAGCCCAUGGCAAGGUGGCAUGCAGGCAGGCAGGCCAGGAGAGAAGAGCUCUACAUAUCACGAGGAUGGUCGCUGUAGUAUAUGUCGGAACGGAGCGUUGGUGUUAUAUUCGCGUUGCACAUAGUUAGUAGUUGCGCUUCAUCCCAUCAUCCCGUGUCAUUUAGCCGUGCGCAUUUGAUAUUGCUUCGUUCAACCUCCCCAUGGUGUGAGCUUUAACCAAGUAUGCCCGCUGUGUCAUCGUCAUUUGUAUUGUGGAAACUGCAGAAAUGAAUGCAUUUCGCAUCGCCACGUCGUCUC